GAGAGCAGUGUGGACAUGGCUGUCGUCGAGUUGGCAGGGGAAAACAGCUGUACACACUGACAUAAAAACAAUAACACUGGGGAUUGAAAACCUGUCGCUUAAUAUUUGAAAUUGUUGACAUUUCUAUUGGACUGCCUGAACCUGUCAAUGUUUUGUUUGUUUUCGAGAAACUAGCUGUUCCUUUCCCCGGUCGGUCAAGUUUAACAAAGCCUCGGGUUUUCUUGCAGGAAUUAACCGAAAAUCUCAAACUCCAAGCCGCCUCGGUAACACGGUGUAAUACCCGGCUUAAAAUCGUAUCAAGUUCUUCAACAAAGCGCAAUCGAAUAGUUUGGUUGGUUAUUGUGUUUUUUAGGUGUUUUUUUUUUUUUUUUUUUUUUGACGCUGUUGACGUUUUAUAUUGACAGUACAUUAAUAUUUAAGUAAAAGCAUUUAUGAGGACACUACCCGGUUAUUUAUAGGUCGUGGUCUCGACUCUCCCGUUACAGAAAUGGCUUCUUGGCUUGGUGGGAUCGGUACGGGGCUUGGACAGUCUCUAGGGCAGGUUGGUGGGAGUCUGUCAACGUUUACCGGCCAGAUCUCUAGCUUUACCAAAGACAUUCUCCUAGAGGGUACAGAAGAAGUUGGGGAUGCUGCCACUGAACUGCAGCAUAAAGAGCUGGAAGCAGCCUAUAUCGCACAGAAGUCAGAGUAUGAACGAUUGAAAAAAAUCCACAUGGAGCUAGAGGAGAAGCACGAAGCUGCAGAAAUCCAGAUAAAACAACAGUCUUCUGAGUACAGGGGUCAAUUACAGCAGAAAGAGGUGGAGAUAAGCCACCUGAAAGCCAGGCAGAAUACCCUGCAGGAUCAGCUGCACAAACUGCAGACAGUUGCACAGUCUGCUCAAGGCGAUGCUGCCAUAUUGUCUGCCACCUCCACAUCCACCUCCUUUCUUUCUAGUGAUAGACCUCAUCCAAGCUUUCAGGGCGAUGACAUGGACUUUGGAGAUGUGAUCUGGUCUCAGCAGGAGAUCAACCGCCUGUCCAAUGAGGUGUCCAAACUCCAGGCAGAAGUCUCUCACUGGAGGACUCUGUCACAGACAUCUAAAACUGAAGGGGCAGUCAGUACUAACCAGGGUGAGAUCUACAAGCUGCAAAAAACUAUUAAGGAGUUAAAAGAAACUAUGAGUCGGGAAAUUGAUGAACACCAGCAUGAGCUCUCAGCAUUGCAAGAUGCACACAGGCAUAAACUGGCAGAGAUUACAUGCCGGCAUCGGGACGAACUUGCCGAGUAUGAAGAGAGAAUUGAAGAGUUGGAGGAGCAGUUACAGCCAGGUGGCUCCAGCGCAGGGACCCCAGAACAUUUCAAAGCCUCAGUGCAGCAGCAGACCAUUCGUGCUAUGGAGAUUGAACCGACUUCCAGAAAACACAGCACAGAAGAACUGGAGCACAAGAUAAAAGAGAUGACUGAAAGCCUCAUCACUGCUGAGCAGGAGCGUGUCACCUUGCUUCAAGAAAAGGAAAAUGCUCAGGCUGAGACAGAUACAUUAAUGCAGACUUACAAAAGACUGCAGAACACUGUAGAUGAGCUUCAGACCAGAGUGGAUGAUCAAACAGAAAAAUCUAUGCAAAUAUCACAUCUGGAAAAUGAGAUUAUCGGCUUGAGAAAAGCAUUAGUAGAUGCAGAAAAGGAAAUAACAAGGCUGAAAAAUCAAAAUCAGUCAAAAGCUGAAGUAGAACAUGCAGACAUUUCAGAAUUGAAUACAAUAAUUAAGACCUUGAAGGAAGAAAAAGAACAGAUAGAAAAAGAAAAGACAAUUCUGCAGGAACAUCUUGAAAACAUAAAACCUCAGCAAACGGUUGAGGACAAUACUGGAAUUAAUGAAGAACUUAGAUCAAAGUUAUUGGAAGUGAAAGAACUGAGUGAAAAACUGCAAGAAAAAGAAAGACUGUUGGCAGACUGCACCAUGGAAAGGGACACACUGAUGGCAGAAGUAGAAGAAUUAGACAAACAAAACCAAGAGGCAACUCUGCACCUGAUUUCAAUCAAGGAUCAGCUGUUGCAACAACGUAAAGAGGCAGAUAUCACCAUAGAUCGAUUACAAUUGGAACUGGAGAGCACUAGAAAGGAUCUGGUCAAACGUGAGUCACAACACAAGACAAUGCAAAGGGAGAUAGAGUCACAGCGUGAAAAACUGAGCCAGAGUGCAUUUACCCUCAAUGAUAUGCACAUGAGUAAACAGCAAGUCCAGGAAACCAUGAAGGACCUCAAACAGCAACUGGGGAAAGCUCAAGAGCGCAGCGCAAAUUUUAAGAAGGAGAACACUGAGCUGAAGGAACAGCUGCAGAAAACUGAAGAGGAGCUUUCUGCAGCCAAGCUGGAGUUAUCAAAGUCUGGUGACAGCACUUCAGACAGUGGGCAGCAGGAGGAGCUACUUGAACAAAAGGAAAGAGAAAUUUCUAAAUUGAGGCGAGAAAUUUCAGAAAGCAAAAACUUGCAUGAAAAAGUACUGGCUACAAAUUAUGAGCUCAAAAUGGAAGUUAAAAAGUUGCAAGUAGAUUACAUGAAUGUUAAGGGGAGUCUAGAAGUUGUGAAUCAGCAGCUUAGAGAUGCACAAUCUGUUAAAGACAAGGUCACCAUGGAAAAAGACACUAGGCUGGAAGCUUUAAGAAUGGAAAAGGUACAAUUGGAAACUGAACUGAACCAGACUGAAAAGAGGUUAAUGGAACAGGCUAAACAAUAUCGGCAAACUAUUGAGGAGCUUACAAAGGCACGGAACAUGGAUGCCUCUGCCUUGCAAACAGAGCAUGAGCGCCUGGUUAAAUUAAACCAGCAAAAGGACUUUGAGAUAUCCGAGCUAAAACAAAGCAUUGAGCAAGUGGAAGCUGACCACCAAGAAACUAAAGAGAUGCUGACAUCUAGCUUAUCUGGACAGAAACAGCUGACAGAGUUAAUCAAAGAGAAGGAUGUGUUUAUGGAAAAGUUUAAAGAAAGGGUGACAGAAUCUCAAAAGGAACUGGAGAGGUAUGCCAAGGCAACUAAAGAAUGUCAGGUCCUUAAGCAUGCCCUUGAAGAAAAAGAUACGCAGCUUGGUGUGAUGAAAGAAGAAAACAGUCAUCUCAAAGAGGAAAUCGAUCGUCUGAAGGACCAGCAGAGUAGACCCCAACCCAUUGCUGAGCCCAAAACUCUGGAUAUAAUAACAGAACUGGAGACUGAGAUCGCACAACUCAAAACAAAAAAGGAUGGCUUAGAAGAUGAGAUAACGGAUCUAAAGAAGAUAAUGAUGGAGCAAAAAGGAAGCUUUCAGGAUUCCUUGCAGGAACAAGAAAGGGAGCUGGAUCAGGCCAAAACCAUGACUUUUACAUAUGAGAAACUCAUUUUGGAGAAAGAUAAGGAGAUUGUUAGCCUUCAGGAGUCCAUAGAUCAGAUCAAGAUGCAGUUUCAGAGGGAAAUGCAAGUAAUCCACACUGAUUCAGUUAUUCUGCAGGAAGAUAAGAGCGAGUCAUUGAACCGGGAGAAUGGGAAUGAGAAACAUGAUUUGUCCAAAGUUGAGAUUGACAGACUGGUCAAUGGGAUGAAGGAAAAAGAAAUAGAGAUGAAUCUUCUUAAUGAGAAGAACUUGUUCUUGACCAAACAAUUGGAUCAGCUGGUUGUCUCAAAAGAUGAAAUUGGUAAACUUACUUUGAUCGUCCAGCAGAAGGACUUGGAGAUACAAGCUCUUCGUGCAAGGGUCACCUCUGGAACCUACAUGCAAGAUGGUGUCUAUCUGCAACAACAGAUACAAGCUUAUGCAAUAGAAAGAGAACAAGUUUUGGCAGUGUUGAAUGAGAAGACUAGAGAGAACAGUCAGCUGAAGUCUGAAUAUCAUAGACUCAUGGACAUUGUAGCUGCCAAAGAAACUACCCUUCUGAAGCUCCAAGAAGAAAAUCAGAAGAUGUCUAGCAUGAAUGAUAUUGGAAGCCAAGACAUGGUGCGAGAGACUAUCCAAAACCUUUCAAGAAUCAUCAGGGAAAAAGACAUUGAGAUAGAUGCCUUGACACAGAAAUGCCAAACCUUGUUGGCAGUCCUUCAAACGUCCAAUAGCAGUCCGGGCAGCGAAUCAAGUGGUGUGAGUAGUAAUCAGUUUGAAGAGCUUCUCCAGGAACGGGACAACUUAAAGCAGCAGGUGAAGAAGAUGGAGGAAUGGAAGCAGCAGGUUAUUACCACCGUCAAGAACAUGCAGCAUGAGUCGGCUCAGCUCCAGGAAGAGCUUAUCAAACUACAAAGCCAGGUCUCAUCCGAAAACGACUGCAACUCUAAACUGUCUGUCCAUUAUAACAGCUUGAUCCAGGGUUAUGAACAGAAGGAGAAGCAGCUAGGUAGUCUAAGUCAGGAGCUUGCUCAGGUUCAGCAAAGUAUCAGUCAGCUUAGUAGCACCAAGGACUUCCUAGUUGAAAAACUAGGCCUAAAUCUAGAAGUGCACAUUCCAGAAGUAAUAACUCCUUUAAUGACAGCUACUCCAUCCGAAGGUACAAUUCUGGAAGAGAAUGAAGGACAGGUAAAAAGGCUGCAUCUUGAGCUGGAACAUUUGAGGAAAGUUAUAGAGGAGAAAGAUACAGCUAUAAGGACGCUUAAAGAAAAUAAUCAUCGGUUGUCUAACUCUUUGGCUUCUGCAUCCGAGAGUGAAAAAAAAGGACAAGCAGCAGCAGCAUCUGAGAUCAAGCAGACAAAGGAUAGACUCGAUGUUCUUCAGAAAUCUCUAAGAGAAAAAGAUCUUCUUAUCAAAUCCAAAGGUGACCAGCUGAACCCUUUGACUGAAAGUCUGAGAAACAAAGAAAAUGACAAUGAAGUGCUGAAACAAGCAGUGACCAAUCUCAAAGAAAGAACAUUGAUUUUGGAAAUGGACAUUCACAAGCUAAAAGAGGAGAAUGACCAAAUAAUGGUGAAGUCCAGAGAGAAAGAGACUGAGUUCAGAGCCUUGCAGGAGACAAACAUGCAGUUUUCCAUGCUUUUGAGGGAGAAAGAGUUUGAGUCAAAUUCCAUGAGGGAAAAGGCAUCUGCCUUGGAGAAAAUGCUGAAGGAAAGGGAGCAGGGUAAAUCGGGUGAAUUAAACCAGUUGUUGAAUGAGGUAAAGUCAAUGCACGAAAAGGCAGUCAAAUUCCAAAAAGAGAGAGACCAGAUGAUGCUAGCUCUAAAGCAGAAGCAGAUGGAAACAAGUGCUAUUCAGAAUGAGUUGCAGCACUUGCGUGACAAGGAGCAGCGGCUAGCACAGGAGCUGGAUCGUCUGCGUAAUCACCUGAUCGAGAUGGAGGAUUCAUACACCCGGGAAGCUGUUGCUGCAGGGGACCGAGAGACAGAAUUGAGGAGAAAGGUCACAGUCCUACAAGAAAAGCUAGACUUCUCCUCCAGUGCUGUGGAAAGUGCAAGCAACCAAGCAAGUAUGCAAGUGGAAUCAUUACAGGAGCAAUUGAACACUGUUGUGCGUCAGAGAGAUGAAACCUUAAUACAACUGAACAUGUCACAAGAGCAAGUGAAACAGUAUGCAGUGUCACUCUCCAACCUGCAGAUGGUGCUAGAACAAUUCCAACAAGAGGAGAAAGCAAUGUAUUCAGCAGAACUGGAGAAGCACAAGAAGGAAAAGGCAGAGUGGAAGAGGAAAGCAGAAAAACUGGAGAACAGAGUGUCAAGCCUGCAGACGAAUCUGGAUGAAGCCACUACAGCCCUGGAGUCUGCAUCAAGACUGACUGAUCAGCUGGACCUGAAAGAAGAGCAAAUUGAGGAAUUAAAUAGACAAGUGGGCCUUAGACAGGAGAUGCUGGAAGAUGCUCAGAAUAAGCUUAUGAAUCUUGUGAACAGUACUGAAGGGAAAGUAGACAAAGUCCUAAUGAGGAACUUGUUUGUUGGUCACUUUCACACUCCAAAGAACAAGCAACAGGAGGUUCUCAGGUUAAUGGGAAGUGUGCUGGGACUCAAGAAAGAAGAGAUGGAUGAGCUGAUGGAGGAAGGUCGUGGAGUUACUGGAUGGGUGUCUAGUUGGCUUGGUGGCCGAAGUGCUCAAAGUGUCCCGAACACACCUCUGAGACCAGGGCAUGCAUCCGUUUUAAACAAUUCUUUCUCCGAGUUGUUUGUAAAGUUUUUGGAAGUAGAGUCGAGGCCACCACCGAAGCUGCCUGUGUAUGACAUGAAGCCUUUGAGUGCACCACCACCUGGCAAGCAUUCCAGCAGCACAGCAGCCAGUGCCACAGGUCUUCCUGGAGCAAACAAAAGGAUAGACUUCAAUCCCUUUUUGGCCCCACGUUCAGCAGCUGUGCCACUCAUGACAACAGCAGCCCCUGGAGCAGGUGGGACCGGCCAUCUUCUGAUGAAGCCCAUCUCUGAUGCCUUGCCUACAUUCACACCUUUACCUGUGUCUUCUGAUGGCAGUGCGGGGGCAGUGCUGAAGGACCUCCUCAAACAGUAAAGGACAACCAUGCUCCCUUAAGCACUUUAUAAGAGGAAUGGAAACUAAAACUGGAUACUUAAAACAAAAAAGGCCUUCCUUAAGUUAUCACAAUGCAGAGUACCUAAUGCAAAAUGCACCCUGUUUCCAAAAAAUCAUCAUGCUGUGAUAAGGACUUCACUUGCAAAGUAACAUCCAGGUCAUUGUUUGUUUAAAGGUUUUGCCCUGGUGUUUAGAGUUAUAUAAUUCCUGGGUUCAAAUCCUAGUUCAGUCACUACUUUAAACUGUAAUCUCUAAGGUCUUUGCUUUUGUGUGAAUAAGUUGUACUGAGCUUUACAACUGGGUACAAGCAGAUUACUAACUGGAAAUGAUAUGACCUUUAACUUGGGCUGUCUUAGCAAUGUUAUAGAUUCGUUGUCUGUUUUUACAACUGCCCUGAUUCAGUAAGACUAGUUAUUUAUAUCUGUGAUAGUAUUUUUUAUGUAAGUUAAUAUUCAGCAACAUAUAUAUGUGGGAUAUUUAUCUUCUUUGGCACAAGGCACGUCAAAGAUUUGUAAGUUAUCACAUCUGGUAAAUUCGUACAGACACUCUAUUUUAAAUCCUUCUGGUGGUUUAUAAGCAAUUACAGCUACUUUACAAAAGGCAUGUGGUAUAAGCAGUAGUUAAUGUUUGAAACUUGAUUUGAGUAUUAUUACCAGAUACCCAGCAAUGAAUUGUUAACGUAAUCCUUUAAAUAUAAAGCACCGUUAUGCCUCAACCAUGAUAUAGUUGGAAGAAUUGAAGGUAUUUCCUGUUUUCAGUUGGCAGUGUUUCACAGAGCUUUAAGAAUCUGGAAAAAACACACAAUCCAUAUGAGUAUUUAUGAAGUAUGAGCUGAAAUCUGUGUGAAUUGUUAGCAGCAAAUUUUGAAAAUGAAGAAUAUCGUGACCACCCCCACUAGAAAGAUGUAGAUACUCUAGGUAUAAACAUGGCCAGUGUAAUUUUGUGUCUUCUGUAAAUUUUGUAGUGAUCAGUAAAGAAAGAUUCUUCAUUGUACUGCAACUAAUACUAGUUACUUAAACCUGUAAGAAUGCAAUCUUUUAUUAUUUCUAAAUAUACUGUCCUCAGCAAUGGCUUUGCUGUAGUUCAAGCAGUAUCAUUUUUCAUUUGGCUAUGUUGUGUUCAGAAGAGGUUCAAAUGGCCAGGUUCUUACUUUUAUCAUUAUUUAAAAUUGUGCUAAAUUGUACUCUCAAUUUGUUAUUCUGUUGUGGAGCUCAUUUGCGGUUGUUGAGUGUUUGCUCACCAAGACACAUGUGUUGCUUUGUUAAAUUGUUGGUUAUUUUAAAGUUAAUUGAUGACACUAUGCUUUAUCACAAUUCUGCAUUUAUGUUCCUAAAAAUUGGGUUGUUCAUUUUUACUCACACUUCUAUGAUAUUAGUGGCUGAAGGUAUUAGGCAAUCUUGCCACUGGAAUCCUGCUUCUUAGUCUAGGUAGACAUCCAGUUGCUCUUAGAAAAUACUUUAUUGUAUAUACUGAAUGGUUGAGGGGAAGGAAGACCACACAAAAACAAGCAUUUUUGUUGAUCUUAUAAAGUUAAUUACAACAAACCAAAAAUAAAUGUAUGACUGCUGAUUCAGAUUGCAGGCAGUCUCCUACAGGGUUUUAUACAUGUAAACCGUAAGUAGCUGGUCAUUGAAUUGUGAGUUGAUUCUUGGUAUUCUAGGAUCCUGUUUGUUAAGCAUCCAAGUGCUUUAUUUCAUUUUUCCAAACAAUUUGAUCUGAUUUGACAGAUUAUGCUACCGGGACUGCAUUAAAGACGAAAGCAUGCUUUACAUCUAAUUUUAGUAUAUUAUGUUAGAGUAAAAUCUUAUUGCCACUUAAAAUACAGCAAUGUUCAGAGAUCACUUUGUAGUCAGUUAUUCGUGAAUUGUAUUGACAAAGAUCCACCUCUGGAAUAAAUGAAAACAAACUAGAAUGUCCACUGCAAACCAAAUCCUAACUUGAUUUUUUCCAAGUGUUUAUUGUCCAAAUGAACACUUUGCAGAAAAUGUAUUUAAGCUUUGUUUUAUGGAAGAAAGUAAAUGCUCUUGGCACAUGGCUAUUCUGUCAGGUGCAUUUACUAAGUUGCUUGUUUCUACCAAUAAUAUUAAACAGAGAGUGACUGUUUGGGAAGCAGACAUGAUCUAAAAAAAAGUAAAUGUCUGCAUUAAAUGUUUGCUAGAUUCAAGCAGCAAAUAUGUAUAAAGAAAAUAUCUUUGCAUAGAAAGACAGUACAUGGGGUGAGAAUUAAACCUUGCCUUUAAAUUGUGUGAGGUGGUAUUACUGGAGGUUUUGGUAGUGCAUUACGAGCAGCACAAACUUUCACUUUAUUGUUUUAUAUCCAGUACCACAAUAAAUUACACGCCUUUUAGAGGAACGUGUUUGUUUUGAGAUGUUCUGCACUGAAACUUCAAUAACAUAAUUGUGCAACAAGUUUCAGAGGCUUUGGGACUUCAUUCAGUUUACUCUUUGUUUCACUACAGCUGCAGUAAACUGCGCCUGACUAAGUGACCGGAAGUAUACUAUGUUGAAGUUGAAUGUCAAUAGUGGUUUACAACCCACCUUAUCGGCACAAUUUUACAAAUAGGGCCUGUAAUAAGGGCUCAUGUCUGACUUGUUGAUGGCGAAUCAGAAAGAACAGUGAUCUAGCCUUGUAAGUCUUUGUGAUUCACUUUUAAAUCCCAACAAAGUAUUAACAUCUAACUUGAAUACACUCAUUGCUUACUUCUGUUCACUCGUCCAGGCACAGUUCAAUGCUGCUGAUACAAAGAGUAGAUUAUAAGUGGGCAGCCUUUGAAACUCACUGUACAAUAACUGGUUUCAUGAUAUUUCAAAGAAAAAUUUGAACUGACUUGAAGCAAAUUGUUUUCUCUAAAAAGUGACUGAUUUAUUAUGGUAUUUUUGGCAUCCAAAAAUAUACAAUGAACAGUUCCAGUACAUUUAUAUAGCUCCCUACUGUCAAUAAGUGUUUGGUAAUGUACAAUAUAAUUAUGAGAAUGAAUUGAACAGUGCAUAAUGCCAUAUGUAGUAUGUAUUAAGCUUCAGGUGUAAUUAUUGGGUGACGGUGUUACUGGAAAGCUGUAGGAUCCUAUCUAUGUGUACAUAAAAUUAAAUAUUUUUUUGCACAAGA